AUGGAACGAGAGAUAGGGAGAGAGAUGGAUACCCACAUAGACGCGGACGGUGCACGCGAUGUCAACGAUGCGGACAACGGAGACGCGGGUGGUGAGGUCAUAAGCUCACGCUCACACUCGAGCAACGCGUACCUUCCUCCUACACACUGUGCAGACCCGAACACCACCAGCUCCCACUCGAACACGCAAACGAAGGCAAGAAAGCCGAUGCUCAUUCCGAUCCCGACAGACAAGGGCGUCGAGCUGCUGCAGCUGCCGGACUACAUUCCCCCGCGCAAGGACGUGUGGCGCGAGCUGCGCGCUGGGGACGACGAGGAGGAAAGGGGAGGAGAGAAAGAUGGUGGGGAUGGAGGAGAUGGAGAUGAUGGAGAAAGGGGAGAGGGAGGAGAGGGAGGAGAUGACGUGUCCCAGUGUCGCGCCGUUGUCCAAUGUCUCACUACUCUUGUCUCACUUCCUCUUGUCUCUGGUCUUCUCUUGUCCGCCCAUUACCUCCUUCGUCUCUCCUCCGCCUGA